UGGGCAUCAAAGGUGCCUGCAAUGGUCUCUUUCUUAUUGGCGAGAGUCGACCCGUAACUGUCCCUAAUGCACACGCGUAUCUAGUGCCAUUGUUGCUCCGCAUCUUCUUUCUGUUUAUCUCGUCCAGUUCACCCAUCGCCCCUUCCUUUUUCUCCUUCUCACGCGGUAACAAUGUCUUCAGUUGGACAGAGCAUCUUGAACACGGCCGAAUCAGUCAAGGACGGCGCCAAAAACAUGUUUGAAAACAAAAAGAUUGCAGACCUGAAGAAGGAUGUCAAGGACUCCCACAGCAAGCAACCCCAAACCACCGACUAUGGUGUCAAAGUCGCAGACUUGGACCAUUGGUUGAAGGUGGUCGAUGAGGAGAAGAACAAAGUCGGCCCUUCCUUGCUCGAGGAUCAGAUCGCCAGAGAAAGAAUUCACCGUUUCGACCACGAGCGUAUCCCUGAGCGAGUCGUCCACGCCCGAGGUGCAGGUGCCCAUGGUCAAUUCAAGCUCUACGAGAGUUUGGAAGAUGUGACAUCGGCCAAGGUCUUGACCGACACAUCCCGCACCACCCCAGUGUUCGUGCGCUUCUCCACCGUUCAAGGCAGCAGAGGAAGUGCAGACACUGUUCGAGACGUUCGAGGUUUCGCCGUCAAGUUCUACACCGACGAGGGUAACUGGGAUAUCGUUGGUAACGACAUUCCCGUCUUCUUCAUCCAGGAGUCCAUCAAGUUCCCGGAUCUAGUCCACGCCGUCAAGCCCGAGCCAGACAACGAAGUGCCUCAAGGCCAGACUGCGCACAAUAGCGCCUGGGACUUUAUGUAUCUGCACCAAGAGGCUACCCACAUGUUCUUCUGGGCCAUGUCCGACAGAGGUAUCCCCAGAUCUUACCGAAUGAUGCAAGGUUUCGGUGUCAACACUUUCUCAUUGAUCAACGCCGAGGGCAAGAGGACUUUCGUCAAGUUCAUCUGGACUCCAGAACUCGGUGUCCACUCUUUCGUCUGGGACGAGGCCCUGAAACUGGCCGGUCAAGAUCCAGAUUUCCAUCGCAAGGACCUGUACGAAGCCAUUGACAACGGCGCCUACCCGAAAUGGAAGUUCGGAGUUCAGCUGAUUAAGGAAGAGGAUGAGCACAACUUCGACUUCGACAUUCUCGAUGCCACAAAGGUCUGGCCUGAAGAACAAGUCCCCAUCCGAUAUGUGGGAGAGUUGGAGCUCAACCGCAAUGUCGACGAAUACUUCACCGAGACCGAACAGGUUGCUUUCUGCACCAGCCACAUCGUGCCGGGCAUUGACUUCACCAACGACCCGCUUCUCCAGGGCCGAAACUUCUCAUACUUCGAUACCCAGCUCUCCCGCCUGGGCAUCAACUGGCAGGAACUUCCCAUCAACAGACCUGUCUGCCCUAUGAUGAACUUCAACCGCGACGGUCAAGGACGUCACACCAUUACCAAGGGCAAGGCAAACUAUUGGCCCAAUCGAUUCGAGGCCAACCCUCCCACUGGACACGGCAAUGGAGGUUUCGAGUCCUACCCAGCAAGGGAAACGGGUAUGGAUCUACGAAAACUUGCUCCCAAGUGGAAGAACUAUGUCUCUCAGGCUCAGCUCUUCUACAACUCCAUGUCAGACAUUGAGAAGAGACAUAUUACGAACGCCCUCUCAUUCGAACUCGAUCAUUGCGAUGACAACGUUGUCUACGAACGCGUGGUAGAACGCCUCACAGAAAUCGAUCUAUCCCUUGCAGCAGCCGUUGCUGAAAAGUGCGGCGCUCCUACCCCUACCAAGCAGACUGUGGAGAAUCCUGGUCUCAAGGCCAAGGGUCUCAGUCAGUUUGACUACCUGCCAGAAGUGCCUACGAUCAAGUCUCGACGCGUUGCGAUCCUCAUUGCCGAUGGCUUUGACGCGGUUGCUUAUGGUGCUAUGAAGGCCGCAGUCCUGUCACAAUUGGCUUUGCCAUUUACCAUCUCCAACAAGCGUCAAAAUGUCACGGCUGCGGAUGGUGUCACUAGCGCCAAGCCUGAUCAUUUCCUCAACGGACAGCGGUCGACCAUGUUCGACGCGAUCUUCGUUCCUGGUGGCGAAAAGUCAAUCAAGACCCUGAUGGGCAAUGGUCUAGCUCGAUUCUACGUGAAGGAAGCCUUCGCUCAUUGCAAGGCUAUUGGUGCCACUGGCGAAGGUGUCGAGCUCGUCGAAGCUGCACUCAGGGAAUGCCCAGGCACCACUGUGGCCUCGAAAGGAACUGACGCAGUGGUUGAUUGGUAUGGUGUUGUCACCGCCCAGACCCCAGAUGAUGAGUCCACCGUCAAAAAGGGAAUCAAGAUGGCCUCAGAAGCCAAAGACUUUACCGGAAAGUUCUUCCACAACAUCGCCCUGCACAGAAACUGGCAAAGAGAGCUGGAUGGUCUCACAGAUAUGGUCUCUGUGUAAGUGCAGUUUGGCGGAAAAGCGCUGGAAAGCCCCUGCAACUGUGACUUGAGUUGUAGCCCCAAGAGGUCAAUGUGGAGGAGUUCAGACCACAGUCACUAUCGCCUUACAAGGCGCAAAGUAAUAGGCGACCCCCCACAUACUAAAUCAUGCACACAAUAUACCCCAAUCAAUUUGCACAUGUAUGGAAUCUAUUGCACCU